GCCUUCGGGAGUGCCCAGAGUAAAGAUGGCGGCGGCGCCCUCUUCCACUUCCGCGGUGCUGGCAGCCGUCCCGCCCUCAGUAGCAAUGGCGGUUUCCUGCGCGGUGUGGCUGGAGGAUCAGGUGGAGCGGGUGCCCUGCCCUUACGACGUCCAUCACCGUGUGCCGCGGGCGUCGUUGGAGAGGCACGCGGCGUCCUGCCGCCUCCGCAAGAUGGGCUACUCCGCCGAGGAGCAGGCCGAGAUGUACGACUCUCGCUUCUUCUAUGAGAACCUGAAGGUGCCCACCGUUGCAAUGGAUAAAGAGCUACAGUUUCACAUAGUUCAGCAAGCUAGAGCUCAGAGUGCCAAAGAAGGCAUAGGCUACACUGAAGGAUCUUACUCAUCACUGCCUGUAGAAGUUCCUCAAAAUCACAAACGUUUCACCUGUGACCUGACUCAAGCUGACCGUCUUGCUCUUUAUGAUUAUGUUGUUGAGGAAACAAAGAAACAGAGGUCUAGGUCACAAAUCACAGAAAAUGAUAGCGACCUCUUUGUGGAUUUAGCAGCCAAGAUCACUCAAGAUGACAGUCAGAAAGGUCCAAAGUCCCAUCUUGAAAUUCUGGCUGAAAUGCGAGACUACAAAAGGCGACGGCAGUCAUACAGGGCUAAGAACGUUCAUAUAACGAAGAAGUCUUACACUGAGGUGAUUCGGGAUGUGAUUGGUGUACAUAUGGAGGAACUCAGCAACCACUGGCAGGAAGAGAACAGGUUGGAUAACGCAGAGAUGUGUGAAGGAGGAAAGUCAAAAUCUUCAGGAAGAAAGGAAGACAGGCGGUCAGCUUCGGUGGACUCGAGGCAGUCUGCAGGAAGCUCAAAGGACACUGAACGCACCAGGCACAGGCGAGACAGCAGCAGGAGUCCAAGUAAAAGAAAAAGGAGCCGUGAGAGAGGGAAAGACAGAGAUUCUCGGAGGAAAAGAGAAAGGGAAGAAGACAAGUAUCACGGCCAUAAAAGAAGAAAGUAGAAGCAAGAACAUAAUGAGUUUGUUUGUUCAAAGAAUUACUUGCACAGGAUGUAUUGUUACUGCUGUUACGCCAGAGACAGUAAUGCUGUGAACAUAAUGCUGGUGUUGCCUCACAGCUGUGUUCAGAGAGAAAAUCAGAUAAUGUUCAGGGGUUGGCAGGAUGGAAGCAGUGUAAGUCAUAAAAUGUACAAAUGUAUAAGACUUGUGUAUCUAUUAAUAAAUUAUAGUGACUUCUUA